AUGCAGACGACUUUGUCUUCCCGCUGCGACUAAAAAGCUAAAUACCCCAAGAGAAGGCCUGCAUGGUUGUUCUGGACUGGUCUGUUUAUGGUUCGAUUGGAUAACAAAGUGAAAAGCAAAACACCAAAAAUUAUAGGAACACAUAUUAAGAGGUGUGCAUCCCCAUCACAGAAUGGCGGAUAUCAAGAACUUCCUGUAUGCCUGGUGCGGCAAGAAGAAGCUCACCCCAACCUACGACAUCCGGGCAGCGGGCAACAAGAACCGCCAGAAGUUUCUCUGUGAGGUCCGCAUCGAGAACUUCAACUACACCGGCAUGGGGAACUCCACCAACAAGAAGGACGCCCAGUCCAACGCGGCCCGGGACUUCGUCAACUACCUGGUCCGGACCGGGGAGAUGAACGCGGCGGAUGUCCCGGCGCACGGGGCCAGUGUUAGUGUACCGGACGGCCCUCCGCCCCCUAGUGGUGAUGGAGAGGCGUACGGCGGCCUGCCCUCCAGUGGGCCGCUGCCCCCACACAUGAUGGUGAAAUCGGAACCGGGUCCAGGUCAAGGUCCAGUUCCAGGUCAAGGUCCAGGUCCAGGUCCAGGUCCAGGUUUUGGCUCUGGUCCCGGAGCUCCCGGGUCAGGUUACUCACGGGGGGGAGGAGGAGGAGGAGGAGGAGGAGGAGGUGCUCCAUGGGAGCGAGGAGCCAACCUGCAGGAGUACUACGCUCGAAAAGACGAACAGGAAGCCAAUGCGACCCUGGAGUCGGAGGAGGUGGACCUCAACGCUGGUCUCCAUGGCAACUGGACCCUGGAGAAUGCCAAGGCUCGGCUGAAUCAGUUCUUCCAGAAGGAGAAGAUGACCUCGGAGUAUAAAUACAGCCAAGUGGGCCCCGACCACAACAGGAGCUUCAUAGCAGAGAUGCAGUUGUUCGUGAGACAACUGGGCAGAAAGGUGAACGGCCGGGAGCAUGGGUCCAACAAGAAGCUGGCGGCCCAGUCCUGCGCUCUGUCCCUGGUGAGGCAGCUGUACCACCUGGGCGUGGUGGAGCCCUACACCGGCAUCACCAAGAAGAAGGAGGGGGAACACCUGGAGCCCUACGACGUCAGGCUGGCCCCAGACCUGGAGCCCCAGCUGAUGAGCCUGGUGGCGGAGCUGGGGGUCACCAUCCCUCCGCCUCCCCUGGACCCAACCGCCCCCCCGGUGUCGCUGAUCCAGGGCAAGAUGGCGUCGUUCGAGCCCUCCCAGCGGCAGGCGGGGGCGGGGGUCGUGCCCUGGUCCCCCCCCCAGGUCAACUGGAACCCCUGGACCAGCAGCAACAUCGACGAGGGGCCCCUGGCCUUCUGCACCCCGGAGCAGAUCAGCACUGACCUCCUGAACGAACUCAACUACCAGCGCGAGCACAACGAGAGCCUGCACAAGAUCCUCUCGGAGCGUGAUGUCCUGCCGGUGAAGAAGUUUGAGCAGCAGAUCCUGUCGGCCCUGGAGAGCAGCUCGGUGGUGAUCAUCAGGGGGGCCACAGGCUGUGGGAAGACCACCCAGGUGCCCCAGUACAUCCUGGACCGCUGCAUCACCAGCAGCCACGCCGCAGACUGCAACAUCGUGGUCACCCAGCCUCGGCGCAUCAGCGCUGUGUCGGUGGCGGAGCGCGUGGCCUACGAGAGGGGGGAGGAGCUGGGGAACAGCUGUGGCUACAGCGUCCGCUUCGAGUCGGCCCUCCCGCGACCCCACGCCAGCAUCAUGUUCUGCACCGUGGGUGUGUUGCUGAGGAAGUUGGAGGCGGGGAUCCGAGGGAUCAGUCAUGUGAUCGUGGACGAGAUCCACGAGAGAGACAUCAACACGGACUUCCUGAUGGUGGUGCUGCGGGACGUGGUGCAGACCUACCCGGAGGUGCGGGUCAUCCUGAUGUCGGCCACCAUCGACACCACCAUGUUCCAGGACUACUUCUUCAACUGCCCCGUCAUCGAGGUGCACGGACGCACCUUCGAGGUGCAGGAGUACUACCUGGAGGACUGCGUCCAGAUGACCCACUUCGUCCCCCCGCCCAACGACCGCAAGAAGAAGGACAAGGACGAGGAGGGAGGAGAUGAGGACACCAACUGCAACGUGCUGUGCGGGCCUGAGUACACGGCGGACACCAAGCGGUCCAUGGCCCUGAUGAGCGAGAAGGAGACGCCCUUCGAGCUGGUGGAGGCGCUGCUCCGCUACAUCGAGACCCUGCAGGUGGCCGGCGCCGUGCUGGUCUUCCUGCCCGGCUGGAACCUCAUCUGCUCCAUGCAGAGGCACCUGGAGAUGAACCCGCACUUUGGAAGUAGCCGCUACCGCAUCCUCCCGCUGCACUCCCAGAUCCCCCGGGAGGAGCAGAGACGAGUGUUCGACCCCGCCCCCAACGGAGUCACCAAGGUCAUCCUGUCCACCAACAUAGCAGAGACCAGCAUCACCAUCAACGACGUGGUGUACGUCAUCGACUCCUGCAAGCAGAAGGUGAAGCUGUUCACCUCCCACAACAACAUGACCAACUACGCCACGGUGUGGGCCUCCAGGACCAACCUGGAGCAGAGGAAGGGGCGAGCGGGCCGCGUCAGGGCCGGCUUCUGCUUCCACCUCUGCUCCCGCGCACGCUUCGACAAGCUGGAGCCCCACAUGACUCCAGAGAUCUUCCGCACCCCGCUCCACGAGGUGGCGCUCAGCAUCAAGCUGCUGCGUCUGGGCGCCAUCGGCCACUUCCUGUCGAAAGCCAUCGAACCCCCGCCGCUGGACGCCGUCAUAGAGGCCGAGUUCACCCUCAGAGAACUGGACGCUCUGGACAGCAACGACGAACUGACCCCUCUCGGCCGCAUCCUGGCCCGCCUGCCCAUAGAGCCCCGGCUGGGCAAGAUGAUGAUUAUGGGAUGCAUCUUCAAUGUCGGCGACGCGGUGUGCACCAUCUCGGCCGCCUCCUGCUUCCCGGAGCCCUUCGUCAACGAGGGCCGUCGCCUUGGUUACGUUCACCGCAACUUCGCCGGCACGCGCUUCUCGGACCACGUGGCUCUACUGUCGGUGUUCCAGGCCUGGGACGACGUCCGGCUGAACGGUGAGGAUGCGGAGAGGAACUUCUGUGAACACAAGCGCCUCAACAUGUCCACGCUGAGGAUGACCUGGGAGGCCAAGGUCCAGCUGAAGGACAUCCUGAUCAACUCUGGCUUUCCUGAAGAGAGUCUGAUGAGCCAGAUGUUCAAUGCGGUGGGGCCGGACAACGGCUUGGACGUGGUGGUCAGCCUGCUGACCUUUGGGUCCUACCCCAACGUGUGCUUCCACAAAGAGAAGCGGAAGAUCCUGACCACGGAGGGACGCAACGCCCUCAUCCACAAGACCUCUGUCAACUGUCCCUUCAGCAGCCAGGACAUGACCUACCCCUCGCCCUUCUUCGUCUUCGGGGAGAAGAUCCGUACCAGAGCCAUCUCGGCCAAGGGAAUGACCCUGGUCAGCCCCCUGCAGCUCAUCCUCUUCGGCUCCAAGAAGAUCAUGUCCAACGGAGACGUGGUAGAGCUGGACGACUGGAUCAAGCUGAGGCUCCCUCACCAUGUGGCGGGCGCCAUCGCUGCCCUGAGGGCGGCGCUGGAGGCCCUGGUGGUCUCCGUCACCAAGGACCCCGAGUUCAUCCGUCAGCUGGACCCUGUCAACCAGACGCUGCUUAACGUCAUCCGCCACGUGUCGCGACCCUCCGCCGCAGGGCUCAACCUCAUGAUCAGCAACCAGCGGUAUGGAGAUGGGCCUCGGCCUCCGAAGAUGGCCCGUCUGGAUGGAGGCGGAGGAUACGGUGGAGGGGGCUACAGAGGGGGAGGUGGCUACAGAGGAGGAGGAGGAGGGUAUGGCGGUGGUGGAGGGUACAGAGGAGGUGGGGGUUAUGGGGGAGGUGGAGGAGGCUACAGAGGUGGAGGUGGAGGAGGCUACAGGGGUGGAGGUGGUGGAGGGUACAGGGGCGGAGGGUAUGGAGGUAACAGGGGAGGCUACAGGGGCGGGUAUUAACGGGUCUGGUUCUGGGCCAUCAGAACCCAUCUAGUAUGUCUGAAGUCAAAGGAUUCAAGUGUGGAGAAUUUAUGAGAUGUAGCCGCUGAGUUGUUGUAGUAGAUCGGUUCUGUUUCUUUGUGUUGGUUAGCCUGGGUCAUUAAUAACAAUAGAUUUCACAAUUGAUACCUAACCAACACGUUCCCCUGCCUGUUUUCUAUCAUUUUAUUGUUCUGUUCCUUAAUGACAGCAGUGGUUCUUUGUUUUCUGGAACUUUUACAACAAUAAAAAAAUCCUGUUGAA